GCGAAGUUUCAGGGAGCCAAACAUAAUUUGAUCUAGUAUGUAUACCAGAAAUGUAGGAGUUCCGUAUGUAGCCGUGUGUUGUGACGAAUUAUGGAGCAUACAAAUCAGAAUGGUAGGUCCAGGAAAGUUGUGGAGAAUAGAUAAGGAGAUAAAUGAGUGGUGAAGAGCAAGCCACUCAUUAUAAAGGGGCAAAUAAAUUCAUUUAUUGUGUGGAUGAUAUGAACCUUUAUCCUUACCAAUACCAAUUUGCAAGAAUCGACGGAUCAAACUCAAUCCGCACAGAUCUAGCAUUUUCUUGCUUUAUGGGAAAGCGAGUCCAUUUUGAUGCCUCUCUACGAACAUAUUCCUUGAAUGGAAUUAUCCAGAGGUUAAUUGAAUAAAUGCUCGGAGGAGUUAUUUAGAGCUUCUGAAUUUAGGAUAUCAUUUAUACAAAAGAACGGAAAAAUGCCCAGCGCAAAUUGUAGCAUAGUUUGGUUCAGAAGAGAUCUGAGGAUUGAAGACAAUCCAGGGCUUGCAGCCGGUGUGCGAGCAGGGACGGUUAUUGCCCUGUUUGUUUGGUCGCCAGAGGAGGAAAGCCACUACAUUCCUGGUAGAGUCUCAAGAUGGUGGCUUAAACAGAGCCUUGCUCAUCUGGACUCUUCAUUGAGAAGGCUUGGGGCCCCUCUCAUUACAAAGAGAUCUCCUGAUAGUCUAUCUGCUAUUCUUCAAGUUAUUGAAGCCACCGGUGCCACUCAACUCUUCUACAAUCACCUUUAUGAUCCAUUGUCCCUUGUCCGUGAUCACAAGGUGAAGCAGGAUCUUUCUUCACGAGGCAUAUUGGUGAGAUCGUUUAAUGCAGAUCUACUCUAUGAGCCUUGGGAGGUUAAUGAUGAUGAAGGACGUCCAUUUUCGACAUUCCUGUCUUAUUGGAAUAAAUGCCUUAAUAUGCCAUAUGAUCCAGCAGCACCUCUUCUUCCUCCUAAAAGGAUAGUUGCAGGUAAUGUGUCUAACUGCCCAUCAGAGAAUCUAGGUCUGGAGGAUGAAUCUGAAAAGGGUAGCAAUGCCCUUUUGGCAAGGGCAUGGUCACCUGGUUGGACUAGUGCUGACAAGGCAUUGACUGCAUUUAUCAAUGGACCUUUGAUUGACUAUUCCACAAACCGUCGAAAAGCAGAUAGUGCAACAACUUCUUUGCUAUCACCUCAUCUGCAUUUUGGGGAAUUGAGCGUUCGGAAGGUGUUCCAUCUGGCCCGUAUUAAACAAGUUUUUUGGGCUAAUGAAGGUAAUACUAAAGCAGAACAGAGUGUGAACUUGUUUUUGAAGUCAAUUGGACUUCGGGAGUAUUCAAGAUAUUUGAGUUUCAACUUUCCUUGCAGUCAUGAGAAGCCACUUCUUACACAUCUUAACUUUUUCCCCUGGAGGGUUGAUAAGGGUUACUUCAAAUCUUGGAGGCAAGGUAGGACUGGCUACCCACUAGUUGAUGCUGGGAUGCGUGAACUUUGGGCAACAGGGUGGUUGCAUGAUCGGAUACGGGUUGUAGUGUCUAGUUUCUUUGUUAAGGUUCUCCAGCUUCCAUGGCGAUGGGGUAUGAAGUAUUUUUGGGACACAUUGCUGGAUGCUGAUCUUGAAUGUGAUGCUCUUGGAUGGCAAUAUAUUUCAGGAUGUUUACCAGAUGGCCGUGAUAUUGUUCGUAUUGAUAAUCCUCAGUUUGAGGGCUAUAAAUUUGAUCCAGCAGGAGAAUAUGUCCGGCGCUGGCUUCCAGAGUUGGCCAGGUUACCCACAGACUGGAUACACCAUCCAUGGGAUGCUCCACAAGCUGUGCUUCAAGCUGCUGGGAUAGAGCUGGGUUCCAAUUAUCCACUGCCCAUUGUAGAGAUAUCAGCAGCUAAAGAACGGUUGCAAGAGGCUCUUGCAGUGAUGUGGCAACGUGAGGCAGAUGAGAGAGCUGCUUUGGAAAAUGGAACAGAAGAAGGUUUGGGAGAAUCAGUUGAAAACGCAAAUGAUGCAUUGUCAGAACAUAUGGAUGUUGACAGAGAACCAGUUAGAAACAAUGCAGAGUUUGCAGCAAGGUCACAAAUGGAUCAAAUGGUUCCGAGUAUAACCAAUGAAUUUCAAAGGACACAAGUACCUUAUAAUUCAAGUCAGGACAUAUCUGAUGAGGGCCCAUCUGAACGUGCAGAAGUACCUUCUACUAUAAAUCCAAGAUUUGCUUCUGUAGCUUCAUCUGAACAUUAUUUGGGACAGCAAAUGACAAGGAUUUCAACUGAAGAUAUUCCAUAUGCUACUCAUAAUAAUCGUUAUGCACAUUUGGCAGAUACACAGAAUGAAUCCCAGUCAACUGCAGAUUCUUCUAAUAUCUUCAGAGGAAGAGAUGAAGUGAGCAGUGGAGGCAUUGUACCAAUUUGGACACAGUCAUUAUCUGGUCAUUCCCAGCAGUUUCAAGAUGAAGGAACUGUUCCUGGAAGUGCUGAAUCACACCCGCAGCGGCAACUACACUCUCAUCCAGUGAGACCCUGGAGACCUAGUCACAGUCAAGCCAGCCUCACAAUCAUGCUAGACCAAGGAGCUGGGAGCUAGAGAAUGAAUUCGAGUCAAAUGCUAUACUAUAAUUAUAAUAUUCUUAUGGAGAGCAGCAGUGGUUGUUGAAAUCUAUUUUUCUGAAAUUGCUAGAAAGGAAAGUACACAGAUCCAUUUCUUGCCUGUUUCUACAAAUCACAAUGGGAUCCCUGCACAAUUUUCUAUGAAGAUGAAGAUAAAAUUUGGAUCAGAAAUGUUCAAAUGUCAUAUUAUUGUAGUUUUUCACCAAAUUCUAUGUUAAUGUAGAAACUUGAAAAAAAUCCACUCAUUCACAGUCCACUAAAUAGUUUCAUUUUUUUUGUUAUUGCUUUAAACGUUCCUCCUACAGUGUCCAUUCAUUGUAUGAGCUGGGGUUAGCAGAUGCCAAGGACAUCCCUUGAUACCAUUGAUCCACAGUCCACCAUUUACUAGGUGGAGUUCAAUAGUGUGCAUCUUUGUGCUUGAAGAAAAAUGUUUGAGUAGUAUUUAAAUAAGUUGUCAAGCAAUUAUCCCAAUUGUCCAAAGUUUCAUCAAUGCUUGUUUACAAGCGAGCCGCAAUAUAAAAUCAGUUGCUAUUAUCUGAUUAUCUGGAAACAAACAUAAUUUUCUUGUUACUAUUUGAAGAUGUUUGUUAUAUGCAGAGAAAAUGAGUGAAUUGCAUUACCUUGCCCUUCAUGGGUACUUUCAAGAAGCAGCUGUUCUUCAUUGUUUGAAAGUUGAAACUACUUUUGUGCUUUUUAGCAGGUGUGGGUAUGGAGGAAAGUUAUUUAUUUUUUACAACUGGUUGAUCUUUUCAAUAACUAGAUUCGAGAGUACAGAUAUUAGAGUGUCUUGUUAUUAAAAUGAGUUUUAGCUGCGGAUAUAUCAAGGAAACAUUAUUUCAAGACUCAAAAUCUGUAAGGUUUAUACUGAUGAGGAUUUUUCUAAUUUAUUAGUUUAAGUUCUGGAAAAACAGAGAUAUCGUUGUUAGUUGACCAAGAAUAAUUUUGUAAUACCUGUUGCUGGGUUCAUGAAAGUGACAAAGCAAUUCAUAAUGUUGCAGGUGCAACGAUUAUUAUAACUUAGGAGGAAGAGACAUUGAUUGAUACUGUUAGAGAUUUUAGUUGUUGUAACUAAUCUGAAAGUACUUUAGUUGUUGGCUCUUUGCUUGUCGGUUUGUGAUUCAUGUUUAUUUUAUGGAACAAAAAAUAUGUUAUUAUUUUA